AUGGUUAAAUUCUAUAGCACUACGAAGCUAAUUUUGUUGCAGAUUCUAUGCUUGCAGUGUUCUUACUACUUGGCUCAAGGUCUUUUGCUGGGCAUUUGUCAUGGCACUCACGUGACGCUUGAUGAUUUCUUUGCGUACUACACACAAACUAUUUCAACCAUUGCUGGUUUAAAGAAUGUUCUUGCUAUUGUGGCUGCCAGUCUUGUCAGUGCUCUAGGCCUCAUGGUUUUUGUGGAACGUGCUAAGAAAUGUCUGGAUUUUGGUGUCACUCUCUAUUUUAUUGACUUUUUGGCUCAAUGUUUCUAUUCGGAAUUUCCAAAGAUGUGGGACUGGUGGUUCGUGCAUGUUAUGGCAGCAGGUGUGACUGUCGUGCUGGGAGAAUAUCUGUGCUCACGGCGUGAAUUGGAGGAUAUUCCGAUGGCUUAUCUCUUUACAAAGGACGCUUCACGCCAAAACUAG